AAUUAACCGCUGAUUAGAGAACCGGCUUUACUGACGAGAUGCGCAAAACGAUCGGCCGAUCGUGAUCGGAGCACCCCUAGCCAUAUUUAAUGCUGUGAACAUGGAUCCUGUGCUCAAUAUGCUGGUGUUUGGAGAGAGGCUCCUGAAUGAUGCAGUGUCCAUCGUGUUAACAAAGUUUCGGGGUGCGAUCCCGUAUGCCCUCAGUCUUCAUCUGGGUCUGGAGCCCAAAGAGAAGCGGCAGCUGAUCGGCACCACCACCAUAGUCAUCGUGCUCUUCACCAUCCUGCUACUGGGGGGUGGGACCAUGCCCCUCAUCCGCAUCAUGGACAUUGAGAAGAGCCAAUCACGGCGCAAGAACAAAAAAUAUAUAAACUUGAGCAAAACUGAGAAAAUGGGUAAUGCCAUUGAAUCUGAACACAUUUGUCGGAGCUGACAGAGGAAGAAGCCAAGUAUCUGAACCCUUUCUUCACCCGUAGACUCACACAAGAUUGCAGAUUAGUCCAGUUAAAUGUAGAAAAAAAAAAUCUGUCGUUCUUCCUCUCUAAGGAUCUGCUGCAUGGGCGGAUUCAGAUGAAAACCCUCACUAAUAAGUGGUAUGAGGAGGUGCGGCAGGGUCCAUCAGGCUCUGAGGAUGAGGACGAUGAGGCAGAACUGCUCUGAGACAGUCAUAUGAGGAGAGAUGUGACUGAGUUAGAACCCAGACGAGCCCAAUACCCGGACUCUACUGCACUAUGAUGGACUCGCAAAGAACUCCAUGAUUGGAGAUCUUCAAAGCUAAAUGAGGAAAAGAAUAGGAGUAUGUGGUACAAAAAGCCUGGGGUUGUUUCUGGUAGUGAUCAGGCCCUAGAAGAAAACACUGAUAAAAAAUAAAGUGGUAGGCUGAAGAGAAUCUGAGGGACAAAGCAAAAAAAAUAAACAGCAAUAUUGGACACCUUUCUCAAAUUCUCAAAUCAUGUAACACGUGAAUCUUGUGCUACUUUUUCUGGAGGGUUUUGUUUCACAUACACAUACAGGGAAAUGACACCAAUGAAUGUUUGUGUUUGGAAUUAAUUUAACAAAUGUGACCUGUUUUCUUUUUAUUAAAUAUUUAUUUGUGUUAGGUUUUUAAAUGGGAUAAAAAGUAUUUUUUUUAUGUUUCUCGGCACUAUUUUGUAGCAGACUUGAGUUUAUAAUUCAUUCUAAUGAAAUUGUGAAUGAAUAAAUUCUGUCUGUGCAUAAUUAAUGUGUUGUUUUGCACAAAGCUGUAGUGGGAAUGUGGCAAAAAACAUGAAUAAAUGAUGGAUUAUGAACUUGUG